GUGAAAUGUUGAAUUUACUGGUCGGGUGAGACUGUCACGACUGACCUUACUGUUUGCUCCACUGACGGCAGCAAUGCAUUCAUGACCGAUAUUACUCUCCGAAUCAUAAAGAGGAUCUAUUGAAGAAAGCUCUUACGAAUGAGUGCAAAUGAGGACGAAGACACAUUCGACGAAGAUGAAAAACCCGCGCCGAUAUUUCGGCGUGGUGUACCCUCAAAUCGACACAGUUCAAUUUCACGUCUCUCAACUGCCAUACGUCGCUCACUUCGGCUGACGAGUCGUUCUUCAAGUGUACGUCUAAGCCGGGAGAAGGAGGAUAGCGAAUGGGAGAGCCUUCGCAAGAAAGACGCCUAUCCUCGAUUUACGAAAAAUAGCGACACACAUGUCGGCGCAAGUUCAGUGCCUUCUAGAAUUGAAGAAAUUCGCGAUAAUAGUCGUCUCAAUCGAAAAGAUGCGGUUAAAAAGAUCGUUAGGAAGGCUGAAUGGCCGAUCAGACAUGAGGUGCGAAAGGAAUUAUGGAGGGUUUUAUGCCAAAGCAAGGACUAUGAUAGCAGUAAAUCGUUAUACCGUACAGAACUGGAGGAAACCGUGAGGAGUGGAACUAAAUCACACCAACCACAAUUUCUGAGUGAAGAAGGAGUGGUUAUCAACAACUUCAACUUGAAUGAGCAGGGAGCUGUACGGCUUCUUCGUUUGCUUACUGUCAUAGAGCAUUUAAGGCCAGAGAUUAGUUCCGCACCAAUGCUUUAUCCAUUAUGUGCUUUGAUGUUACAUUAUCUUGAAGACGAGGACGUGUUCGCUUGUGUGCAGCAUCUGCUUGUAUCCAAGGGCUACUUAAUGACGUCGCCGGUACAAUGGGCUGCAUCGUCGCAUACGAUCCUGGCACUCGUUAAGAAGCACAAAGCACACGCUUAUGCAAUGUUGAAAAGACAAGUUGGCACAGCCGAUGAUGCUAUUCUUGUGAAAACGAUGCGGGACUGGUUAUCCUGGAUCUUCAAAGGACUCCCAUUCACCCAUGUAGUUCGAGUGGUCGACUGUUACCUGGUAGAGGGUCAAAAGUUCAUCAUAAGGGCAGCGAUAGCCAUCGUGUACAUUUGGGCGAAGUCACUUAAGAAUCGUCCUCAUGAUGACAUGCACGGAAAAUCACAAGAUGAGCGAAUAGAAGCUGUGAAGUUAGAGUUGGCAAGUACAGCACAACAGCUACAGGUCUCUACCGAAACCUUCAUACAAACUGCUGUCCGCAUCAGAAACCUUCAAAGCUCCACCAUAACGCGAUUACAAGCGCAGUUUGAAAAUAAGGUACGAGAAGAUGUGAAUCGUCGCCAAUCGCAAAAGCGUGCUUUGCCUAGAAGAGCGCGUCAUCUAUUCACACAACCCUUCUCCUCAGCUAUAGUUGACCAAGAUGCUGCGGCAGAAAUAAUGUCAGCCCUACCGCCCCGACUCCAGCUGGCCACGCCUCAACUUCUAUUUCGUUUGAGCAAUGACGGUGCAAGUUUCACACAUUUAUGGAGCAAAAUCGAUCUUGCGGAACAAACGCUUCUUUUGAUCAAAACCACGACAGGUGAGAAGUUCGGCGCCUACUGCAGCUCUUCAUGGGCCGAACGAAAUGAUCGACGAGAGCGUUCGAAGUCAAAGUACUUUGGGACGGGCGAAUCGUUCGUUUGGGUUCUUGAAGAAGAGUUGGAAUUACCCAUAAUAUAUGGAUGGGUUGGUAACAACAACGAACAUCCAGAUGCUUGCCCACAAAUGUUCAUGGCCGCUGGGGACAAACUACUAGUGAUUGGUUCCGGCGAUGGGGACGCCAUCCGCAUAUCCGAAGAACUCACGCAUGGAAUGUCGUCAGCAUGUCAGACCUUUGGAAGCCCAGCCUUGGUUCACAGUCGCAGCUUCGACAUCCACGAGCUGGAGGUAUUCGAUGUACUAACAGGAUCGUGACAUUUCAAAUGCGAGUGCCUAUCUACCCCUUCCGCAAUAUUUCGCGUAUCGACUUCCUUGUACGUAUCCGUUGCCGGAUACUAUAUAGUUUUCAUAGAUUAUCUAUAGUAGUUAUUGACGUAUAUCUCAUGUGCUAUGGUGUUGAGUAAUAAUGGCCAUAACUCACUUGUUUCUGCAGAUUACUUACAUGUACGUAUCAUCUCUCUGCCUAAUCGAUACUGAUGAGCCCAACAUAGUCUUUUGAUUGUGAUUGUACACCUGCCUCCUAUGCAUCAUGCUAGUUGUGAGGUUCAUUUUUAUUAUUUAAUGACAGCUACGGGUCUCACUUUCCAGUGGUUUUGUACAGUUUAACAACAUUUGUACUGGCAAUAUUUGUCGUCUUUUCAUUCCAUUCUCUUUUUAUUCCAAGAAUGAUAGUAUGUUAAGUAAUAUGUAGCUCUGCCUCAGGGCAUUCUCCCGAUCUUUUCGAAAUGAUCACAUCAUUAUUGCUGUACUUUGAUAUACCUUGUUG